UUCUAUGAUUUGCAUGAUUGUUUAUUUUUAACUAACUGAGAAGAUGUAAGGACGUGUCAAACUGAAUUUAACAAGUAAAAUGAUAUUUUGUUCAAUUACUUGGGUAAAAUAUUAAUCGUGAAAUUUAGUACUGUGUAUAUACAAAUUCAUAAAGUGUUUCGAUUUCAUUCUGCAUCGAUACACACACAAUUGUGCACAAUUGCACAAUACACAAGUGUCUAUUUGUACGUGUCAGAGAUCACACCAAAAGUAACACGUAUAUUUUAAAUGAGAUGGCUGUUUUAUUGGCAUCGUUACCUAGCGCAAAAAGGACCACGCAAAUCAGAAAUUUGCGGCAAGGCAGUGUUAUAGAUCUGGAUGCUGAUACGUUUCUCAAGAUAUCCAAUUAUGAGGACACUGUUAAACAAUUGGACAUAUACUAUGGAAUAGUCAAGAGACAAUUAUUGCGUUAUCAGAGUUGCAUAACGGGUCUAUUUCCGCAGAUCACAACUGACAAAAAGGUUGGUAGCGUACGCGAAAGUAUAUAUUGCGCUGCUGCGAUAUGGAGUCUGUAUCAAGCGUACAGGCGCAUCGACGACGACCGUGGGAAGUCGUACGAACUUGGGCAGUCCGCGAUCAAAUGUAUGCGAGGUAUUCUGGAGUGUUGGGUAAAACAGUCCUCUAGAGUGGAACUCUUUAAGAGAAAUCAGUGCGAUCGUUUUGCAUUGCAUUGCAAGUUUCAUUUGGAGACAGGCGAUGAAAUUUACAAGGAUGCUGACUAUCAUCACUUGCAAAUCGAUGUUGUGUCCCUUUAUUUAAUAUUUCUGGUGCAAAUGAUCUCUUCUGGCUUGCAAAUUGUGUACACGCAAGACGAAGUGGCAUUUGUACAGAAUUUGGUGUACUAUGUCGAGAGAGCUUAUCGUACACCAGAUUAUGGUAUGUGGGAACGUGGAAGCCGAUAUAACGAUGGGACGCCUGAGAUCCAUGCCAGCUCCAUCGGAAUUGCCAAGAGUGCAUUGGAGGCGAUUAAUGGCUGUAACUUGUUUGGAGAGAAAGGUGCCUCCUGGUCAGUGAUAUAUGUCGAUAUCGAUGCUCACAAUCGUAAUCGCAGUAUCUUUGAGACUAUGCUUCCAAGAGAAUCUAGCUCUAAAAGUGUGGAUGCAGCCUUACUGCCAACAAUAUCCUUUCCCGCCUUUGCAACUCACGAGGAGGUGCUGUACAACGAGACUAAGGCGAACAUAAUCCGUAGGUUGAAAGGCAAUUAUGGCUUUAAACGAUUCGGAAGGGAUGGUUACAAAACGGUGUUGGAAGAUAAACAUCGACGGUAUUACAAAUCUGGAGAAAUCAAGGAUUUUGACAGUGUCGAGAACGAAUGGCCAUUAUUCUACAUCUUCAUGAUAAUAGACGGUGUAUUCAAGAGUCUACCGGAGCAAGUAGAGGAAUAUCAAAAUUUAUUGAAAACCAAAGUGUACAAGGAUCAAAAUGGAGAUCCGGUGAUUCCCAUGUAUUAUUACGUACCGGAAGAGUAUUUGGAAACUGAGAGAAACGAGCCGUGCAGUGUUAAUCGGCUGCCUAGCGACGAAGGGAGAGGCUACAGAGGAGCCGUGGAUCACGAAUCCACGUCGAUGUAUCUGUGGAAUCAGGCUAUGUUUGUAAUCGCGCAGCUACUUACCGCUGGUCUUUUGCAUAUCAACGAAUUGGAUCCGAUCCGUCGAUACCUACCGUCGUAUAAUCGUCCGAGACGUGCGGGACGAUAUUCCGCUUUUCAAGCAAAACCGAGUAUUGGCACUCACACCGACCUAGUGGUACAAAUAGUUUUAAUCGCAGAAUCCAUGCGACUGCAAGCUAUGAUGGCCACGUACGGCAUCCAAACACAAACACCGCACGAAGUCGAGCCUGUUCAGAUUCUAUCGUCUACCCAACUGGUGAAAGUAUACCAAAAACUAGGUGUCAAUAACAAAUUGAAUCUUCAAGGACGACCUGCGCGACCUAUAGGUUCUCUAGGUACAAGCAAGGUGUACAGAGUCUGCGGUAUGACGGUGCUUUGUUACCCUCUUAUUUUCGAAGUCUCCGAGUUUUAUCUGUACAGAGACAUGGCUUUGCUGAUUGAUGAUAUAAAAACGGAGCUGCAAUUCGUAGGCAAGUACUGGCGUCUUUCCGGUCGACCUACUGUGUGUCUUUUAAUACGGGAGGAACACAUGCGUGACCCGCAAUUUAAGAAGAUGUUGGACCUUUUCGCGAUGCUGAAGAAAGGCUACUGCGACAAGACAAAAGUACGCAUCGGCAGACUGCAAAAUCUAAUUUCAUCUUCUUGCAUUGAGCAUUUGGAUUUUGUGAAUACCAUGGAAACGGAUUUGGACCUGGCACAGUUUAAACAGCUGCAGCACGAUUAUAUAGGCUACCAAAGUCUCACGGAUGUCCCUAAAGCCUUCGCCUAUGCCGAGGAUGUCAAGGAUUAUAUUUACAUGGCAAAUGAACCUCUGAGCGACAUAUUAAACGAGAUUCGCAAUAGCGUCGGUUUGUACGCCAAGUGCCAACUGUACGGCAUCUUGAUCAAGCGAGAAGGCAUUAAUUACGAGAUUAAUGGGACAACAGUGCGCGACCAUUUGAGGGCGUUGUAUCAACAUGCUGGUUCCUUGAGAUUCUGGAUGGCUGUGCGUUAUUGUAGUAGCUUAUUAAAUCACACCGUCGACAGCAUCAGUCCAUUCAUCACGGGUGUGCUAGUUAAAGGGAAACAGAUCGCUGUAGGAGUGGUUGGACAAGAGGAAACUGUGUUUGAUAAACCAAUGACGCCGGCGGAAAUACAAUCGGUGAUGUAUUCGACGAUACAGCCGCACAACACAGUGCAAGCGGUGCUCCAGCAAGAGAUUCUACUGUAUUGCGGUCGAUUGAUCGGCACCAAUCCGGAAAUGUUCAAAGGGAUACUGAAGAUACGUAUCGGUUGGGUGCUGGAGGCGAUGAAGCUAUACUUGCAAAUGUUUGUGAAAGAUGCCAAGCCGAUCGAGAACUACAGCCCUUACGAGGUCCGGCAGUUCCUCAUCAAGGUGUUGACUGUCAAGGAAUGGGCGCACGCAGAAAAGUACGUCAAUCGACCGAAUCUGACAGUGCUGGGUCGCCGAAAGAUCGAGGGUUGCCUGUGCAGAGUACCGGCGCAUUUUUACAAUCAAGUGUGGGAAGUUUUGAUGCGCUGUCCCGGCGGUAUCAUCGUGAACGGACGAGAAUUGCCACAGCAGCCUACUGUAUCAAACAUGACUCGGUCCGAGCUUACGUUCGCCCUACUCGUAGAGUCCUUGCUGCAUCAUGUACAAUUGCCGGAAUACCGUCAAAUCGUCGUCGAGCUCCUGAGUAUCGUGUCGACUAUUCUGCUUCGAAACCCAGAAUUAAGUUUCCAGAAGCAACUGGAUCUCAGUCAGCUCGUCGAGGACAGUUUUAUCAUGUACCGCAAGGAUCACAAUCUAUUAAAUCUUGAAGACAAGUCGUCGUUCUUCUCGGCGCAUUACUCUGUCACUACCGGAUACCUCGCCAGAGCCGUGGUUAACAACGUUCUUACCGGUGGUUGCGUGACAACUAUUCUAGAUACCAACGACGCCGUUGACUCUCGAGAGAUGUGCAAGGUCACGUAACAGUAUGGAUCCUUAACUGUAGAUAAAUUUAUGAGAUUGUUAUUCAAGCAAGUAGCAAGCAAGUAUCAAGUAUGUAGAGAUGACCGUGUGUAUGCGAUAUAUAUUCGCACUGUCAUUAAUGUUAUCGCGUUCGUAUAAAUAUAAGCGCGACGAUUGCAAUGGUAUGCGCGUCAAUGGCAAUGGCAAUAUGGAUGCACAACAAUGCAAUGUUCCUGUUUCCCCGAAUACUAACGAAUACAUUUUGUAGAGACACUUUUAACACAUUCAUUCGUGCACGUACGUGUAUAAAACAUAUACGGUCUUCAUACAAAAGUCACAUUACAUUCUAAUUAUAAUUUAUAAAUUAGAACACGCAACGAACUAGAGAUCAAGAGUCAUCUUCUAGCGAAAUUCGUGUCCAUUGCUCGACCGGAACGUUGUAUGUUGUUGAUAUUGGCUUUGAUUCUGGACGCGACAGUACCGACUUCUGUCGCAACAACCAAUUGUUUCCUAUAACAAAAGCAAUUAUAUUUUAUUGCAAUUGAAGUCCAGAUUUGUUAUUCGCAUAUUUAUGCAUCUGUGUCUAUUUCUACAAGAGAAAGUAAAUGCGCAUCUAUCUGUCUA